UAAGGACUCGUAGAGUUCGGGUCGACAUUAAAACUAUAUAUAUAUAUAUAUUUAAUUUUUCUAAAGUAUUAAUUCAUUUUACUAAUGAAUAUCUAUGACAAAAGUGAUUUUAGAAGGCAGAAUUAUAAAACAAUCGAAUGUAAAUACAUAAAGUGCUUUUUCUCUGCGUGGCUGUGAAGAGAAAAGAAACAAAUUACCUCAUGGAUCACAGAUUCUCUGAUUUCUCUGAAAUUUGUGUAAUUUUUCAAAACUCAGAAAUUAAAAGGCUUGUUGCACCCCGCCCAGCAAUUAACCGGCGUCAAUUUCUAAGUUUUUCAAUUUUUUUAUAAUUGAAAAUAACAUUUUUAAAAUAAAAAAACUUGGUGUCAGUAUAUUCAUGUGUGGCUAAAUAUAUAAAAAAAAUUCAUCCCUGUUGGACUGUACGUACAAAAAGUGAGACACGAGUUUUCCAAAAUGUCAACAGCUCUUCUUGCACUUUUCGCCGUGAUUCUUUGUAUUCUUUUCAGAAUUUUAAAUGUUAACAGUGCAGCACAAAAACCAGCUUUAAUAUGUCAAGAUCAAUCAUUUCUCACAACUGUUCUGAAAAUUGCUCCAGUAAUCACAGAACCCUACAAACCAACCAGAUUGUGGGGCUUUAGUGGACACGUGCAAACAAUUGUUCAUAGCAUAAUCGGAAGAGUGCGAUGUCCGUGGCCUAUUGGAGAGCGAGUUUACAUUGGUUUGCCAGAUGAGACCACUUUAACAUAUGACCUCUACGAACCUUUAACUACUGGUCAUGAAGAUGACGUGACAAUUGCAAUUUGUCCAGGAAUAGGAAAUAGUUCGGAAAGUGUCUACAUACGAACAUUUGUACACUUUGUUCAAUGUCACGGUUAUAGAUGCGCUGUACUUAACCAUGUCGGUGCUCUUUCUAGUGUAAAAGUUACUGCACCUAGAAUAUUUACAUACGGUCAUACGGAUGAUUAUCACGUAAUGCUUCAGAACUUGAUAGAAAAACAUCCAGCAACACAAAUAGUUUGUAUAGGUUUUAGUUUAGGUGGAAAUUUAGUAACUAAAUACAUGGGUGAAAGAGGCUCUAAUAAAAUGUCACAUAUCAUUGGUGGCAUUUCUGUUUGUCAGGGUUAUAACGCCAUUGAAGGUUCAAAGUUUUUAUUAAACUGGCAAAAUUUUAGACGUUUUUAUCUGUAUGUCAUGACAGAAUCUGUUAAAAAUAUCAUACUAAAACAUAAACACGUUCUUCUAUCCGAAGACGUGAAGCAGAGACAUGGUUUAAUUGAGAAAGACAUCGUUUCAGCCGCAACUUUACCUGAAUUGGAUGAAGCUUAUACAAGAAAGGUGCACAAUUUUAGAUCUGUGAAGGAUCUCUACAAAUGGAGUAGUUCUCAAUAUUAUCUUGACAAUAUUGCAACACCAAUGGUGUUCAUUAAUGCUGUCGAUGAUCCAAUUGUUCCUGAAAUGUUGCUUAAUUCCAUCAAAGAUUUUGCUGCUAGUCACCCAAGUUCCUUGUACGUUGAAUUGGCUCACGGUGGUCAUCUGGGUUUCUACGAAGGAGGUCUUCUUUAUCCAAAUCCAAUAACCUGGCUGGAUCGGACACUUGUUGCUCUUGUAGGGGCUCUGACACUAGCGAAUGCCGACAGAGAAUUGAAAGCUUCUUAACUGUAUAGUUAAUAUUUAUUCAACCAAAUUCAAUUUUCCUGAUUAUGGAAAAUGUCAGGUAAUCUAUAAUGCUCUAGCGCUUAAGCGACUCGAGUCGAGAUUUCUGCAAAAAAAAAAAAAAAAAAAGUGACUGAAACUGAAAAAAGUGCUACGGUUAGUUUUUAGAGUCCAAAAAAAAUAGGAUAGAGAUCUAAUUAUAAAAAGUAAAUUUUUUUACUUUCUCAGGUGCACUUUCAUAUCCAAAAAAGAAAACAAUUUUUAACUGUUCGGUUGUUUGCAUUACAUUUGCAUUACAUUUUUUCGGUCUUAUAAUUAAAGAUCUCUAAAAUUUGGGGUAGAUUUAUUUUUUAAAGAAAAAAAAGUAUUGCCAAGCGAGAAGCGUAUAACUUAGGUCUUGUUGUAUUCAACGAAUACACAAAAUACUUGUGUAAUUACACAAUAUUCUGCUCAAUGCAGCACAUAUUUUUGCAACUAUGAACUAAACAAUUAAAUUUACAGUAAAGUUUUACCGAGUUGUUAUCGCGACUCGACAUCUGUGGAACGGAAUCGUGUCGCUUGAAAAAGAAAGAAAAAAUCUUGUUAGGAUUUUUGUUCGUGUAGCCAUUUUAUUUCAUAAAUGCCAUGAAAUUAUUGAAAUUUUUUUUUAAAUCGUUAAGUAAAAAUGAGUUUAUUUUGUUACCAAAAAGAUAUAUAAUUUUAUCAGUUUGAUUUCUGCAAAAAAGAAAAAAAAACAAAGAAAUAAAUCUAUUUUUAAAAAUUAUUAUUUCUACAUAGACGAAAGUUAAUCUGACUAGGUUUCUACAUAUAGUGUAGCGACUUAGAUAUAUUGACUUUUCUACAAGAAAAAAAAGUCAUGUGAUCCUUGUAUACUGGUAGAAAGAAGGCGUAGGAAUGCUAGUAUAUUGAGAAAAAAAACGGUGCGUUUAUACAUAUUUUAUAAUGAUAAGACAACUUCCUUUUUGAAUAAGAAAUACUAAUAGUAUUUAUUUUAAUUAGAGUUAACGUAUGUGAUGAUUACAGUUUCUCGCCUCAGCGCUGUUGAUGACGCGCAAUUUGAUUAUCAAUAUUUAAGAAAAACUCGUUAACACUUGGAGAUUUUUUUUUUUAUUCAUCUAGAUCGUAAACUCUAGUAAACACAGUAUUAAAAUCACAAGAGCAAUUUAAAUAGGGGGCCAAGGGUUUGUAAACCUUUGAACUAAAAAGAAAGAAUUUUUAAAUUGAGUCAAAAAUUAUUACUUUCACUUUAAUGAUCUUAAUAAUUUGAAAUACACCAAAAGCUAUUUUACUUUUUUAUUAUUAAUUUUACUGUUAUAAGCAAUUUU